AUGAAGACGGAACCUAAACUCCGACCCGUCGGCUUCACCCCCCUCUCCCGUUGCUCUUCACUUCCCUCUCGCAUUGCUCUUCACUUCCCUCUCCCGUUGCUCUUCACUUCCCUCUCCCGUUGCUCUUCACUUCCCUCCACCGUCGUCCUUGCUCCCCCCUGCUAUCACCCUGCUCAUUCUCCCGUCGCCCUCUCUUCCCUGGCUCACCCUGUUUCCCCUACUCCUUCUCUUCUCCCUGUCUCACUCUUCGCUGGUGCAAUUGCUCCAUCGGUGAGUGUGGGCCAGCAGCAUCACCAGCGCCUCUGCCUCGCUACUCCUCGCCUUCCCCCGCCUGCUCUCCUCCAACCUCGCCUGGACUGCCCUCUCCCACCACCCGUCCACCUCUCCCUCACUGCCCUGCUCGUCCCCCACUGCCCGUUCCCUACCAUUGGCUUCCCUCUCCCCUCCUCCUCAUCCUGUCCCUCCGCCUCAUCUCCUUCCUCCGCUCACUCCUCCGCUUCCUCCACCCCCCUCACUCAUCUCGGUCUCUCUGGUGCCUCAGUCGCUCCUCCCUCCUCCCUCUUCCCCUCCCACGAGCUCGCCUCUUUCACUCACUUGGACCCCUCCCACUCGCGCGGCGCCACACUUCCUACUCCGCACCUCACCACCCUCCACCGCACUCCAAUCCUCCUCCACGCCCUCACACCCCGCCGUGCGGCUAGCAUUGCGAUACCGAUGAGGUCCUUUGCUCAACCCGCGUUGCCCGCAUCGACGCCAUAG